UUUUAAAGCGGCCGAGGCGUCAAAUAAAAUGGCUGCUGGGUAUUUUGAUGCGUGAAUGAUGAUGUGAAUGCAUUCACAGAGCGUCAGGAUUCACACAGCUAGAAAUUCCUGCCAAGAUUACAAUCAGAGGAGGUCAAUGAGCUGUUUUUUUUUCAAGUGUCCUGGACGGGACGGACACAGCAGAGUGUCUCUGUCCUCCCUCUCUCUGCUCAGAGUGAGCUCCUCUGGUUUAUUUUGAGGUGGUCUUAUCACAGCUGUUGUAUUUGUGGUGGCAGCCUCCUGUCCGAGCCCCUCGACACUCUUUCUUUUCCCCUUCUGGCCCUUGGUCCCGAAGCAGCAGUCUCCCUCUCGGCGCUAGCUCAGAAUAAUGGAGGCUUGUCAGGAGAGCCGCCCCGCGCCCGCGGGCCCGGAAGCCUCGCCAGCCGAGGACCGCCACAUUGACCUGACAGAGGACCUGGAUCAACAGCUGGAGGACAUCAUUAGCACCUACCAGGCUGACGAGAUUCCAGCUGAGCCAGAGGACGCAGAGGAGGUCACGGUUGCCAAAGAGGCGGACACCCGCAAGGACCAGAAACUGGAGAAGAAGAUGCUCAAAAACCUAGGGAAGGAAGCCAUGCUGCUGAUGCAAAGUUUGAACAAGCUCGACAGUCCGCAAAAGAAACUGGAGGCCAUCAUCAAGAAGCACGCUGAGCUGCUGGAGGAGCAUCGCAGUGAUCAGAAGCAGAUGAAGGUUCUGCAGAAGAAGCUGCUCCAAGUGAUGAAGGAGAAGGACCAGCUGCAAAGCGAGCACAGCCGGGCCGUGCUGGCUCGCAGCAAACUGGAGAGCCUCUGCAGAGAGCUGCAGAGACAUAACAAGACCUUAAAGGAAGAAACCCUACAGAGAUGCAGGGAGGACGACCUUAAGAGGAAAGAGAUCACCACCCACUUCCAGGGAACCCUCAGCGACAUUCAGGCCCAAAUCGAGGAACACAGCAGCCGCAACACCAAGCUGUGCCAGGAGAACAGUGCCCUCGCAGAAAAGCUGAAGGGGCUCAUUUCACAGUACGACCAGCGAGAGGCGAACCUGGAAAAGGUCUUCAAGCACAGAGACCUGAAAGAGAAGCUGCUGGAAACCAAACUCACGCAGGCGAACCUGAUGCUGAAAGAGAGCGAGGAGAAGCACAAACUGGAAAAAGAGCUUCUCCUAAAACAGGCGGCGGAGUAUAAAAUGAAAGUCAAGGUCAUGAAGGAGCAGGAGAUCGAUAUGAAGUCCCAGCUCGAUAUGUACUCCAGGAAGUUUGAUGAAUUCCAGGGCACGGUAUCAAAGAGUAACACCGUCUACAGCAGCUUCAAACAGGACAUGGACAAAAUGGGCAAGAAAAUGAAGAAGCUGGAUAAAGAGUGCCAAUCAUGGAAGACUCGCUUUGACAGCUGCAACAAGAGUCUCCUCGACAUGGUGUCGGAUAAAGCGAUCAAGGAGAAGGAGUUAGAGCUUCUCGCCGUCAAGAAUCAGAAGCUGGAGAACCUGUGCAGAGCUUUGCAAGAAGAAAGAAAGAGUCUAUAUGAGAAGGUGCAGGGAGGCGGCAGUCAACCGGAUGCCAACGCCGCUGAGCCAGCGGAGAAGGAGGGCUCUGAGGUGCAGGAGGCCGCCAAAGACCAGGAAAAAGAGAUAAAACCCGUCCAGAACACUGCAGCUGCCGCCCCGGCCGCGACACCGGCAGUCACCACUCCACUGGCCGAGGAACUGGCCAAACUGAAGGCUGAGCAGGCCCGUCUCAAAGAGAUCGCCAGCUCCUUCACGAUCUCUCACGUCAUACCCACAGAAACCAGCCCGGACUCGCACGGACUCUCCGAGGACGUCCAGCAGCCGGAGGAGAACCACAUAGAGGAGGGAGAACGGCAGGAAGUCCACGGGGACGAAGAACAGGAACAGAGAAAUUUGGAAAUGGAGUCGGUUGAUUAAUGGUGAAACCACUGUGAAAACAAACCUGGUCCAUGUGAAGUUGAUAGCAAUAAAAAGGGAAAUGUCG